CCUGGGUCUGGAUAAUUCUCUUCAUCGUCCCGUCGUUUGUGCGAUUGCCAACAAUAAAGUGCGCGGGCUCAUCGGCUGUGGCAGGGAAACACAAGAGGCUUAAAGUCGGUGCGCAAAAGAUCGUCCAGGCUGGGUCGGUUGUCAGUAGAGCUGACCAGGAUGGUGGUGUUGCUGCUACGAAUCAGCUCUGGGAUGCUCGUUGGCAUUUCUUCCAGUUGCAUUCGCGCCCGCAUCCGCUUCGGCGUCGGUUCCACCGUGCCCAUUGGUGUCUGUGGCUGCGACUGUGCCUGUGCCUGGUCUCCUUCUGAUAUUGUCUGCACAGCUGGCUGCGACUGCACUUGCGGCUCCUCACCUCGGGCAACCUGUUGUUCGGCUGGUGGUUCUGCCGGUUGUGGCUGGGGCUGCUUCCUCUUCAUCCCCCUGGCCAUCCUUUGUGUCGCAGACCGCUUGUGGCCCUCUUCUGGUAGUGGCAGAAUAUCCUCAUAUGUCUGUGGGCGCGCAACACGGCGCUGCGACCUGCGCAGUAAUGACGCUGACAUGCAUUUUUUGGUCUCAGAAUCAAGAUCCCUUGUAAAUGUUCCCAGUUCCAUGUCGCCAUAUGGCUCACGGCUGAAAAGCAUCUUGAAUACUGUGAGCACUGUGUUUUGGCCAUUGGUACUGGCUGUCGCCCUCUCCUGCGCCAUCUCCCUAAACCGCUGCUUCUGCUCUGGCGUGCUGGCACUCCAGUGCCUGUCGGCUGUAUUGGCUAUACCACCACCCUCUGCGCCUCCUACAUGUGCCCAUCGGGUUCAGUUAGAGGCUCAAAGCUGUUGUGCUAGAUGCAUGAACUGUGUAGAUAGCGCAGCGUACCUGGGUCAGCUUGUGGAGAAGAUGACAUCGAGCUGACAACCUCGACGAAAAAGUCUCUUGCUUUGCCUCUUGGUGAUCUCAUGUUACGACAAAAGCAAGCAGUGGAAAAUGAAAAAAAAAGGUAAACUGAAAGUAGGGAGGGGAGAGAAGACAGGAAAAGACGCAGCCGGCGGGAAAUUUAUAGCUGGUACAAAAGCCACCGGCAGGUGCCGUCACCUUGCAAACGAACUUGCCUCAACCGUCAUCAGCAGCUGAACCAAAUUAGCCAGAAUCGG